UAUCACGUGACGAAGGGCAGACGGUUUGCCCCACGUGCGUGCAUUGCAUCCCACAAAUUUGUCGUUCCUCGUUCGAAUCGAAGGUGAGGACGAGAACCCCCGUGGCUAUGGCGUCGUCGAUUUCUUCUCAAGGCCUACGCUUUCCACAAACCCUCUUGCCCUCUCCUCCAAAACCCGGGUCUCGACUUCCCUCCACUCGUGCUGCUCCACUCGUUUGCACUCCUUCGGCCGUCGCUUCGGUUCGUUCCCGAGGGCUCGCUAGCCGGAGCGACAUGGUCCAGUCGCGGGUCGUCGCUAGAGCUUCCGCCUCCGAAAUCGGUCCCGACAUCAGCGACGUCCUCGGCGAUGUUCGCAUUUUCACUGCCGCCGGUGAGCCCGUGCUGUUCAGGGAUCUCUGGGACCAGAACGAGGGAGUGGCUGUUGUAGCAAUGUUGAGACACUUUGGAUGUAUCUGCUGUUGGGAGCUUGCUUCAUCUUUAAAAGAAUCAAAGGCCAAAUUCGACUCCGCUGGUGUGAAAUUGAUCGCUGUCGGUGUUGGAACUCCUGAUAAAGCUCGCAUUCUUGCCGAACGGUUACCCUUUCCGACCGAUUGCCUGUAUGCUGAUCCUGAUCGCAAGUCGUAUGAUGUUCUGGGCUUGUACUAUGGUCUCGGCCGCACAUUCUUCAAUCCAGCAAGUGCAAAGGUCUUUUCCAGGUUUGAUUCAAUUCAGAAAGCUGCGAAGAAUUAUACCAUCGGAGCCACCCCUGAUGACCGAAGUAGUGUUCUGCAACAGGGUGGAAUGCUUGUCUUCAAGGGCAAGCAACUGUUAUAUGCUAGGAAAGAUGAAGGUACUGGCGAUCAUGCCCCUCUAGAUGAUAUCUUUGAUAUCUGCUGCAAAGUCCCUGUAUCGUCAUAGUCUUGCCACUUGCGCACACAAUAAUACAUGUAUAUGCCAUAUGAUACCUACAUUUUUCACGCACACAUAUGUAACUCAUGUAGAAAUAUACCUCGCCCUUGUAUCACAACACAUAACCGAGACUGCAAAUCCCUGCAUCAUACAGUCACACUUGCAGUCAGUACAAUAAUACAUAUGUAGUUCAUGUAGAAAUGCGCCUCUUCAAGAAUGACACUAAUUUAUUA